UGAUUUGGCACAGUUUGUACGCCCAGUGCCCUUCCGGAUGCAACCCUCCCCAGUUUUUAUCCAGGCUUGGGACUGGCACUGAAAGCACACUAUUGCACACCAGUUCCCUGGCCAGGAAACGAACGCGGGCCGCAGCGACAGUCAAACUGUUGCUGAAGAAUCUUUACUACAGUAUGGAUGACAGGUGCCUACAUGAAGAGUUCCUGCCAUUUGGAGCUGUCAUCAGUGCAAAGGUCAUGAUGGAGAAUGGCUGCUCCAGAGGUGCUGGAUUUGUCAGCUUCUCAUCUCCCGAUGAAGCCAGAAAGGCCAUUGUGGAGAUGAACGGCAGGUUGUUGGGCAGCAGGCAAAUGUAUGUGAGUCCGGCUCAGAGCAAGGAGGAGCAUCAAGGAAGGGACGGAGAGAGGACCGACAGUACCGGCCUACUGAACCUUGCCCAAAUCCACACAAGGCUAAACAGAACAUCCGGCCACAGCGCAAGUCCCAGCUGUCUGAUUGUAUAUCAGUUCUGUCUGGUCGUACUCUUUGUGAAGAAUCUGGAUUACAGCAUGGAUGACAGGCACCUACAUGAAGCAUUUGUACCAUUUGGUACCGUCAUCAGUGCAAAGGUGAUGAUGGAGAACAGCCGCUCCAGAGGAAUUGGAUUUGUGUGCUACUCAUCUCCUGAUGAAGCCACAAAGGCCAUCAGAGAGAGAUGAAUGGAAAGAUGUUGGGCAGGAGGCCACUGUCUGUGACUCUGGCUAAGAACAACGAGCAGCGCAAGGCUUCCCUCGCCUGGAAUGAGCAGUGGACGGAGAGCAGCCGUCCUACCGAGCCCCAUCUGAGACCACACAGGGCCAAGCAGAGGGUCCAGCCACAACGUCAUCCCUCUGGAUGAAUAAAUGAAAAUUACAAGUGCAAAAUGCCACAUAAAUGGUCUGGGUCUUUAUCAUAGUAAAUAAUGUUGGUGUAAAUAACUCACACAGUAGCAGCAGUAAAGGUGCUGUGCUGUUAAGUAAUCAGUCUUAAAAUUCAACCUUAAUACACUGGAAUUUUCAUUAGAAAUGAAAGAGACAGCAACAUGAAAAGAGAAUAGUAAUAAUUGAGUGUUGUUCAUAAAAGCCUUGAAAACAGACCAUGUAACAGUACGCUGCUCACAGAACAUGGCAGACUCAGGACGCACGUGAGAUUUAAUUUAUUGGUGCUCGGGCCCUUUGGUACAGUCAGUGGGCAGUUACGUAAAACUAUGUUAAAAAAAAGCUUGGUCGCCACUUAUCCUGCUCAGCUUCGGCAUUUACUGAUAGAGAAAGCAUAAAUAAGGCAUUACAAGCACUACCAAAGUGAAUCAAGCUAUUACAAACUGUCACAAUCAUAUCCUCAAUCUUUACCAAAUAAUUCAGAAACUGUGAGUGACUACGUUUAACAUUGUCAUUAUGCUAACAACAUUCCUGUUGGCACACAUUUCUACUGUGGCCCCUAAGUGCAAAACACAAACAAACCAUAAAAAAUGCAACAGCUAAAUAAAAAGCACCCCAACACACAUCGAAACGCAACAGCAAAUCACAAAUACAUCAAUGUUAACUCAAAACAGAAAGGGCUGAAAGGGUAUACCCUACUAUACAGUAGGCAAAAAGCAGUACGCCAAAAGAGUAGUAUAUCCAAAUUCUCAGUAUUCAUAAAACAGUAGGCGAGAAAAAUUGUCACUGCGCUAUCUCAUAAGGCAAAAGGGACUGGCGUGGAAGAGCUGUCAGAAUCAAAAAUGGUGAAAGGCAGCGCGUUGGCUCUUUUUAAAGUGUAAGUGCUAUAGGUAUUAAACGUUGUUCCCUGUGGUUAAACCGUACUUGUUUAACAACAGCUGAGUAAACUGUUAACUUGUUGAAGGUUAACAAGAAAAAACAGUUGCCACAGCUUCCCUCAAAAUACCAGUGACUGCCUUGCUCACUUUAUGCACUAUGUCAUGCACAGAGGACUUGGGGAUGGCCCGUGACGCCAAUCUGUAUUAUGCUGCAUGGACAAGCCAGUAGAGGAAGACAAGUGCUUCAAUGUGCCUUUGCCACCAUGGUCGGAAUCGGACUUUAGUGCAGCAAUGAGGGACAUGACGGACUGCUGAGAAAGCCGGAGAUCACCACAGAGGUCAGCUGUCUCAUAAAAAUACAGCCGCAGGAUUGGCACAGCUGUGUUGAGGUAGCAGUAGGAUGUGGGGCUCACAGUCUGUAAAUGUGUACAUAGUUUGUUAGAAUAGUAAACUUGAAAAAGUCUUUCAUGCUUCUUGUAUUAACUUACUUGUCUGUGUAUACAUUAAUUCAUUCUUUCAUGUUUGCUUAUUUGUAUUCAUUUAAUCAAUCAUUUUUAUUCAUGAUUCCUGUUUGAUUUUUUUUGUCUUUGUAAAUUCAUUCAUUAAUCUUUUCUUGCUUGCCUAUGGAUGCAUACAUUUAUGUGUAUUAAUUCAUUCAUUCAUUCAUUCCAUUGUAGUAUCACAAAUAAAUGAAUGACUUU